AUGAAAAAUAAUUUUGAACAACUUAUUGAUGUACUUCCAUUAUCUGCAUCAUUUACUUUUGGUAUACGAGAAGUAACAACAAUUUUAGAAAAACAAAAUAAUGAUUUAAAUCCAUUAUUUAUUUCUGAAUUAUAUGAAUCAUUAUUAAAACUUGAAUCUUGGGCAUGGAAAGUAUUAAGUAAAGAUUCAUAUCAAUGGAUAAAUCAACCAAAUUAUUUAAAUUUAUUUUAUACACUUAUUUCAUUUAAUAAAAAUUUAAUUUUCAAUUAUGAUUAUAUUGAUGAUAAUAUCAAAGCAGCACUUCUGAUUCCAGAUACUAUUGAUUUAAUCAAUGGUAUAUUCGAACAAAUUAAUCGAACUAAAGAUGAUAAUGAUCCAUUUUUUACUAUAGUUAGUCUUUGGUUUGAUAAUAUUUCAUUAUUUAUUUAUGAAAAUCCUCAAUUUGAUACAUCACCAAUUAUUUGUCAUAUGAAUCAAUAUAUUGGACAUAAUUAUCUUAUGACUGAACAAUUUUUAUUUUAUUUAAUUCAACUACAACAACCAACAAUAGCACAAACAAUAUUUACAACUAAACAAUUAUUUUAUAUAAGAACAUGUUCAUUUUCUUUAAAUUCAUAUUUAGCUGCACAAGAAGAAGAUUUUCCUUUUACUGCACAAGAAAUUAUGAAUUAUAUUGGUAAUGAUUUUGUUAAAAUUAUUGAUGUUCAUAGUCAUAUAAUUGAUAUGUGGAGUGAAAAAUUACUUACAUGUAUAGCUCAUUUAAUUGGUUUUAUAUCAGCAUGUUGUUGGUGGAAUGGUGAAAAUAUUACACAUAUAAAUUUCUUAUUUUCUUCUGAACAAAUUCUUUGUUCAUAUAUUAGUGCAAUUAUACGUAUUAUAAGUUAUAAACCAUUUUAUUCACAUAUUACAGCUCAAUGGAUAACGGAUGAAACCAUUCUAAUGGAUUUUUGUCUAUUUUCUUUAAGAAAUAUAGUACAAACACAAAAUUUCAUAUGGUUUUUUCGUUCAAAAAUUUCUUUACCAGAUACACUAUUAACAAUUGCUGGAUUAUCUGUUCAUGAUAAAAUAUGUUUACGUGCCUAUGUUAUCCUAGGUGAAAUUUUAUGUAGUGAACGUUUAAAAGAUUUAAAAAUUACUGAUAAUUUAAGUCUUUUUUUCUAUAAUAUGCUCGAACAAGCUUUACAACAUUCAUCAAAAAAAUAUAAACAAAUACCAAUUUUUCAUUUAUUACGAAGUUUUUCAACUUUAUCUAAAAUCGAUGCUAUACAACAGAAAACAGCUGAUUUAAAUAAAAUCUCACUUUUUAUCGACAUAUCUGAUCAAUAUCCAAUUGCAUUCGAUAUUUUAUGGGCUUUAUCAUUUAAUCAAGAUACUCAACAACAACUUCGGUCAAAUACCAUGUUUAUGUCUAAAUUACUUAAUCUAGCAAAAGAAUGUGAUAAUGAAAAAAUGCGUAAAAUAACACAUGGAAUUCUUUGGAAUCUUGAAUCAACUCAUCAAGAUCGUACAAUAUUAGAAAUAAAUGACGGAAAAACAUUUGAUAUUAUGAUUAGUUAUUCACAUAAAGAUGAGUUCAUUUGUAAACAAAUUUACGAAGAAUUAACCAAAAAUGGUUAUCGUGUUUGGAUUGAUUUUGAUCAAAUGCAUGGAAAUGUAAUGGACGGAAUGGCACAAGCUAUUGAACGUUCGCAAACAAUUAUUAUUUGUAUGAGUGAACAAUAUCGACGAAGUAAUUAUUGUCGUGCAGAAGCACAUUAUGCAUUUCAACGAGAAUUAAAAAUAGUUCCGAUACUUUUACAAGAACAUUAUCAACCUGAUGGUUGGCUUUUAUUUCUUAUUGGACAAUUGCUUUAUGUUGAUUUUACUAAAUAUGAAUUUCGACGAGGAAUAGAUUUAUUAAUGAAAGAAAUUCAAGCUGAAGAAAUUUCUGAAAGUAGUAUUACACCUCUUCGUUCUCGAGCAGGUACUGUUGCUUUACUUUGUAAUAUACAAACACCAUUGAAAAUAUCUUCAUCAUCAUCAUCAUCAUCACCGAUACGUUCAGAAAAAAUUCAAGAUUGGACAAAAACAGAUGUAUAUGAUUGGUUAAUUGAUCAUAAUCUCAUUCAAAUGUCUCAACUUCUUAUUAACUGUGAUGGUCAAGGUUUGAUUUAUUUAAAUAAUUUUAUUAAGAAUGGUGAAACGACACAAAUUUUAAAUCUUCUUCAAGAUGAAUCAUUUCGAUUAACUCAUGAAAGUUUAUCAUUAGUAGAAUUAUCCUAUCUUCGUUCUUUAAUAGAUCAACAAAAACACGUUCCAAAAUCACAAUUUAGACGACUAUUUAGAAAAAGAACUAUUAAAACAGAAAAAAAUAAAUCUUGUUGUCAACUAUUGUGA